CAGAGACACGCCCACCAGAGGCCUCAGGUUGGCUUUUCGGGCCUGUUAGGCCUCCGGUCGCCAUGGCAACGGGCGACUAGCGCGCGAGCCAAGGCGGGAUGUACGACCGGGCCCCGCGCGCCUUGACUUCCACUUUGGGCUGCACCCGGUCGCACUUGGGACCCGGAUACUACGACUUGCCUUCCCAGAGCAGGCCACUCCGAGAUGGUUUUGCUCCAUUUCUUUCUUUGGCAAGUCGUGGUCUUCAAACCGUUAUCCAAAAUGAUGAAGAUGAUAUUCCAGGGCCAGGGCAUUAUGAUAUUAACAGAUCACAGAAAGCUAUUAAAGGAGGAGGAAGUCUUCAGAACAAAGAGAAACGUUUCAGAGAGAUCCGGACUCAUACUCCUGGUCCUGGAACAUAUGGCGAAUAUCAUUCAAUGGCUCAGGAUAUCAUUAAGCCGAAGAGAUCAGCUCAUGUCACUGCAGCACAGAAGCUUGCAAACAGUAUCAAAAUCUUCCGGAAGACAGACGCUCCCUCUAUCCCUUCACAAGGACAAGGAUACGGUUAUGAAGAAUUGGACGAUGGCACUCUUAUAAGGCAUAACCCUCCUUCAAGAGACAGUACAUUGGGUCCAGCUUACUAUCAGAUGAAUAGUGAUGAAACUUAUCCCACAAUGAAGUAUAAAGGAGUGCAUUUUGGCAAUUUGACAGAAAAGCGAUAUGAAUUUAGGAUACAUGAUGGCCCUGGACCUGGAGACUAUGAUUUAAUUCCGGAAAAUGUGGCGCAUUAUGAAAACGUCAACAUCAAGAAGGAGGACCAGAAAAAACAUGACCUCCGUGUUCCACGCUAUCAUGAAGUAAUAGUAUUGCAGGAAGAAAAGAAGGGUGUUCCUGGUCCUGGCCAGUAUGACAUAAGAGGUCAAUUUGGAAAGGGAAGUAGUACAGCACAAAGUGAAUUUCGUCGUGCUCCUUUUCUUUCCCUUUCCCAGAGAUUCGCCCCAGUGAAAUCAGCUACCCCAGCUCCUGGUACAUAUAAUGAAACACGCUGGGCUCUUGAGUCCUUGAAUAAAGCUGGUAAAACAAAAAACAUUCCAUUUGGCCAUACUUCAGUUCGUUUCACCCAGGACUACAGACUGCAGAAAUCACCAGGUCCUGCAUUCUACAAUAUCCUCAACUACCGUAUUGCAACUGAAAAAUGUAAAAAGGCUAAUCUGGAAAAAAAAAAGAAAGGCGCAUUUGGUUCUUCAGUUCCUAGACUCUUAUAUUUAGUUAAGAGGGAAGCUUUUAGUACUCCUGGUCCAGCUGAUUAUCAGGCCAAAGAGACCACUGAAGAGCCCCAUAAAAAGAAGAAGCAAUUAUCUGUUUUUGUGUCAGCAACAGGAAGAAUCCCAGAAAUUAACAAGGACGCUCCACCACCAGGAUCCUAUGAUGUUCAAAAAUCAUAUGAAAAAUCACAGUGUAAAACCGAAUAUUUGCCUCCACGAACCUUAAUGGCUAAAAAGAGACAUACUUCCUUUCUCAGUGGGACAUUUAGGGAAAGGGUAUCAAGGACUGAAAUGAAUUUGCCAGGACCAGGAGCAUACAACCCAGAAAUGUAUCACUCAAUAGCAAAACCAUCUUCUGGCGUUGCAGUCUGGGUUUCUCGAGUGGACCGUUUUAAAGAUGCAAAAGAUGACUUUCCUGGUCCUGGAGCAUAUGAGCUGAGCCCACUGUUGAGAGAUACUGUCCUGAAGAAAACAUACAAUAUCACAUUAAAUAAUCCACUUUUGAUUCAAGCAUACAAUUCUGCCUUCAGAUAUGUGCCAGUCAGAUCAAACUUGCUAUGUGGUCUCUGUACACCCAAUGACCCUGACCCAAAAAAGCCAAAUGAAGUCGUAAAUAAAUCCUAAUGAAGGUUACCUUGGGAAGAAAUCCAUUCAGUUUGAUAAUGAGGUCAAUCAACUGUUCAAAUUAAUCAUAUUUACCUCAAUAACCUUCAAAAAUCUAAAGAAAUGCUCCUAAAAGUAUUUUUUCCUCUUUUGAACUUCUCUUGAUAGUACCAGGGGUUUGUUUUUUUUUUUUUUGCAAAAUUUUCCCCCAUCAUUUAAUACAUUGGUCUUUUACAGAUGUAUCUCUCAUAUUUUCUUUACAUACAUACUGAAUAACAUUAUUCAGCAAAUUAAUCUCUGUAUUCAUACUGUAACUCUAUUUUUUUUUUUACUUUCGUAUUUGUUUAUAUAGUUCAGUGAAAUUAUCUUAGUGUGUCCAUUUGGGAGUAGAACCCAGUUUAGGAAUAUCUCAAAGAACAAAGAUGUCUAUAUAUCAAUUACACAUGGAUAUAAUUUGAAGGAUUACAUGAUACCACCUUGCAUUUUACUAUUGUUGUGCUGGUAGAUAAAACCAAGCAACAUAUGAAGGAAUAUGUUUUAUCAAUUUCUGACCUGAAUACUCUUACUCUUAUUUAUGCGAAUUCUAAAUUUACCCCGUCUGUUCUAUACAGUCAAACUCCUCUUUUUCUCCAGUCUGUAAUCUUAGAAUUUGUCAGUGUGUCCCUGCUUUUGUUGAUAGAUAGAACUUCUUACACAAUGUGGUUAGUUUCUUACAGCUGGGCCUCCCUUUGUCUUAAUUUAACAAUGACUAAAUGCUAAUAUUUAGUCAAACUAUCAAUGGACAGGGCCAUUAAGGAAGCUGAAACUGGAGAAUGUGCAUAAUUUCAGCUCUGGAGUGUAGGCUCAAAUCCAAUUUUAUGUGGGUGGUAUAUGGAUGCAAAAUGCUGGUCUUAGCGAAACACUGAAAGCUAACUACCAAUUAAAAAGCAUUCCGCAAUAUAUCAUUGCUAUAUAUUCAGCCAUAAAAUGUCUGAAAUUCACAGUAACCAUUGAUACUUCUUUUAUCACAUCCUAAUAAAGACUCUUCAGAGCUACUAGA